AUGUUACGGCUGCGGGAGGUCGUGCGGCCCCUGAGGGAACCCGGUUACCGGGAGGCGCUGGGGAGGAAGGCCGAGAGGGCGAGGAAGAGGAGGCUGCGCCUGCAGCGGAGGAAGCAAGAAGCCAAGGCGGCCAAGGAGGAGGAGGCGACCCGGGCGGCCGAACGGGAGGCCAAGAUCGACCAGUGGAGAGCCAAGUGCAUCCAGGAGGUGGAGGAGAAGAACCGGGAACAAGAACUUAAGGCUGCUGCAGACAGUGUCUUAUCUGAAGUACGGAAGAAGCAAGCAGACACAAAGAGGAUGGUGGACAUCCUGCGUGCAUUAGAAAAGCUUCGGAAACUGAGAAAAGAGGCAGCUGGCAGGAAAGGCGUUUGUCCACCCCCCUCUGCAGAUGAAGCGUUUGAAAGCCAGGUGGAGAGUCUCAAAACGUUGCUCAAAAAUCGCACAGAGCUGUAUGAAGCCGAGGAGAGAGCACUAAGAGUUAUGUUGGAGGGAGAACAGGAGGAGGAAAGGAAGAGAGAAAUGGAAAAGAAACAGAAGAAGGAAAGGGAAAAACUACUACAGCAGAAACUCGAAAUUGAUUCCAAGCUGUUUGGGGAUCAAGAUGAAUUUCCUCUAGCCCAUCUACUGCAGCCCUUCAGAGAAUAUUACUUACAAGCUGAGCAUUCUGUCGCUGCUCUGAUCCAGAUCAGGCACGAAUGGGAUCAGUACUUGGUGCCAGCAGAUCACCCCGAAGGAAGCUGCAUCCCGCCAGGAUGGGUUCUUCCCAGUCUCCCCACAAAUGACACUUGGGCCACGGCUGUCAGAUAAUUUACUGAUAAAUUAUUUGAAUGUUGGAGGAAUGUUCCGUUAUAAUCGCAUCUGUAAACAUGAGAGGGUGCGAAGAGGAAGUC